UCCAUAUCUGCAACUGUACAACGCAGCACUUUCACUUCCUCAAGUUGCCAAUUUUACCAACAUUACUAUGAAAAAAGACAUAGCUGGAAUAGGAUUAAUGAAGUGAAAACAGGCUGCGCUGCCAACUGUUCUGCUGCAGUAAAAAAUAGAGCGCAAUCACUCUCUGGCUACCUUUGAUUUUGAAUGUCUGAUGGUUUUAUCUCUCGUGUUUCUAAAGAGAAUGUUUUUCAUCCUUCUGGUGAUCUCUUUGAUGAGUUUUCUGCGUGACUUCCAUGUCUCCAGUUGUGAUGAAUACUGUCCAGAUAAACCUGUGUUCAACCCAUCCAGACUGGUAGUGAAGUAUGGUGACCCAGUCUCUGUCACAUGCUCGAUACGCCAGUCUUACCAAGACUACUUUUUUGGUUUGGUAGACUUCAUGGGAAACCAUACAAAAAAUGGAACCACUAUUUUAUGGGAAGUUCAAAGAAUGACUGAAUGGAGGACACUAACCACAUGCUGUCAUAUUAAUGCUACUGAUUACUGUUGUUGCAGCAAGCUGCCUGUAACUGUGUACAAGCCUCCAGACAAUGUGUCCAUCAGCUUUAGGGAUCACUCUGGACCGUUGUUAGAGGGUCAUCAGUACACUCUGCAGUGUGAAGUACACAACGUUGCUCCUGUUGAAAACCUCACUGUGACCUUCUACAGAGGACAGACAGCACUGGGUCAACUACAGUCCAACAACAUAGAGAAGAAACCAGUGACUGAGAUCCUCACUCUGAGCAUCAACACCAGAAAAGAAGAUGAUGGAGUCCAGUACUGGUGUGAAGCCAAACUGGAACUGGGAUCUGAAGGACCACAGCCCCCUCCAGUGGUGACGUCAGAAAAAUUCAGUGCCAUUGUGAACAGUACUCCUGCCCAUGGGACUACUCCCAUAAUUUCCAGUUUCAGUAUGUGCUUCAUGCUUUUAUUCUUUUCUCUGGUUUGAAUUCAUUCACACAGUUAUUAAGAGGCAGUUUGUUUCCAGAGCUGUAACAUGAUUAACAGUCACUCUCCUGUAUAGCUUAUAUCCUUCGAUGAGGCUUCCAUCUGUCCUUCACAUCUUCCUCAGUCUCCUGUUAACUUUGCUUCAGCUUUUAAGGUGGGAGAAAUGACACCUGUAUCAUAAAGUAUCAUAAAGUGUAAUGUAACCUGAACUGUUAAACUGAAGUAAUAGUUGUAGAAUCAGAUUUGUAUUUCAUGGAUUCUUUCUCUACUUUGAAUGAAGAUGUUUUCUCCUUUGACUUUUGACCUAUAUUUUUGUGGUUUCUGCCUCUUGAUUUCUUGAUCAUGGUUUUGUAUCAGGUCUUCCUUGAAUUGGCCUUAAGAUGAUUUGCAACUCCUGUCCUAGUAGAAAUGCUGUCAUGUCAUGGCUGAUGUGGGCAGCAAAAUCAUUCACUUUGUUGAAUCGUUUUUUUAACACACAAAAAAACAAAGUCAUUUUAAAACUGCUAUUGAAAUGUAUUUAAACUAAAUAAAUGUUGACAUAUUUUA